UCAAACUUCCGCCGUGGUGUGUGCGCUCUGUUGUCAUCGAUCUUCUGCCUUCUUUGUACACAUCGGGCCAGUUUUCAUGGGUCUGGACUGUGUAUUUUGUUCGCAACGCCGUUAAUACGUCUCGAUACAACCGAUCUAAAAACGAAGCCUCCUGUAAAAUGGAAGAAAAUGAAAACGUUGGAGGAAGAAGGGGGGGAAAGAAGAAGCAGAAACUCCGCAGGAUGUCAUCGAGGACGUCCACCACCAUUGUGAUAAGCGCGGCGGAGCCGUCUCCUCAAACACUCCGCAAAAACAAGAAACCUCCUCUGCAGAGAGGCAGCUCCUUCACCUUUCUCACUCCUGGAACUCCGUGGGAUUUCAGUCUCAAGAGAAAGCGCAAAGAGAAGGAGGAUGACACAGUCAGUCUGUCCAGCUUCGACCUCAAGGAACCCAGUAACAAGCGUGUCCGACCGCUGGCUAAAGUUUCAUCCCUCGUCAACUUGCUAUCUCCUGCAAAGAAUGGAGCAGUGCGGCGCUUUGGUCAGACCAUCCAGUCAAUGUCAUUACGUGGGGACAACAAGUCACCGGGGAUGUCCCUCAAAGCUAGCAGCAAGGCAGCAGGUCCCACUCCCACCAAACGCAGAAACAGCACGCUGUGGUCAGAGACACUGGAUGUCCAUCAGAAGAGCACGUUCUCCACCAAAGAGAUCAAGAGACAAGAGGCAAUUCAUGAGCUUUACAGGGGAGAGCAGGAUCUCAUAGAGGAUCUCCAACUUGCACGAAAGGCAUACCAUGAUCCGAUGCUAAAACUCUCCAUCAUGACAGAGGAGGAACUGGCUCACAUAUUCGGGGACCUGGAUGCAUACAUCCCCUUACAUGAGGACUUACUGAUGAAACUGACGGUGGGAACUGGCCCCGAUGGAACAGUAGCUCAGAUUGGACGGAUCGUUAUUGACUGGCUGCCUGGUCUGAACGCUUACAAAGGCUAUUGUAGCAACCAGCUCGCGGCCAAAGCCCUGCUGGACCAGAAAAAGCAGGACAGGCGGGUCCAGGACUUCCUGCAGCGCUGCCUGGAGUCGCCCUUCAGCAGGAAGCUGGAUCUUUGGAGCUUCCUAGACAUCCCUCGAUCGCGUCUGGUGAAAUACCCACUGCUGCUGCGAGAGAUCCUCAGACACACUGCUCCUGAUCACCCAGACGUACCCAGUCUGGAGAGAGCUAUCACUAUAAUCCAGGAGAUUCUGUCUGAUAUCAAUGUGAGAAAAGGGGAGUCUGAGUGUCAGUAUUAUAUAGACAAACUGGAGUAUCUGGAUGAUAAGCAGCGGGACCCUCUCAUAGACAACUGUAAGACCCUACUUUGUCACGGCGAGCUGCGGAACAAAAGUGGCUCGAGGCUGCAUGUGUUCCUCUUCUGUGAGCUGUUGGUUCUGACCCGACCGGUGACCCGGAAUGAGAGGAGCUGCUUCCAGGUGUAUCGACAACCCAUCCCAGUUCUGGAUUUGGGUCUAGAGGACCUGCAGGAUGGAGAGAUCCGCAUGGGGGGCUCCUUCAGAGGGGCUUUCACCAAUGGAGAGAAAGCUAAGAACGCUUUCCGUGUGAGCUCUCUGGAUCCCUCCCACGGCCAGUCCCACACCCUGCAUGUCAACGAUGUCUACCACAAGCAGCAGUGGCUCAACUGUCUACGCACCGCCAUGGCCCAACAACAGGGGGCUCCACCCAGAGUUCAGCAGGGAGAAGCUGUCAGAGCCAAGCGUCGCUCCUCCACCAUCUCAGUCACCACCUCUGACGAGGAGACGGACGAGAACUGCCCGCCUGUCUGUGGCCCUAAACUCAGGCCUCAGACGCUCUCCAAAACCAGACUGGACCAGAAGUUACAAGGCUCACUAAAGAGGAAGGAAACUGGAGUGUAGACAUUUAACCCGGCAGCAGGUUCCUCUUAGACAGACACAUUUAGGCAACAAGUGUCUGUCAGUGAAUUUUCAUGCAACCACUGUUUUUCUGCUUUUACUUCAUCACUGUAGCUGCACUGAAAGUCUUUCUAAUCAAUUCCAUCCAAAUGUAUUGUCAAAUUUUAGUCUUUACAAAGUGUAAUUAGUUUACAACAAAAAAAAACAAUGUGUCAGUGUUACUGAAAUGUGUGUUUAUACCUGCUAAUUGUGUGUGGAAUUAGGGUUUUAUGUGUACUUACAUUUAAACAGCUUUAUACCACUUGUAGCUCUUCAAAUGUAGUUUCAACAUUCCUUCUGGUGUCAACACUUAUCUUUUUUUUUGCUGCAAUCAAAAUGUCAAUUAAUCUAUAUUAAAGAUGUAUGUAGUUGUAAGUGCUAUCGGUGUCAAGCGAUCAAGGAACUAAGACACUGGUGGUCUGAGCUGUUAGUGCAGGAAGACUUUGGGUGACAGAAGUCUAGGUUUUUGAGAUGAGAUACAAGAUAAUGAGCAGAAUUAAAAAGCACACCGAUCACGAAUAUGAUGAAGAAAAAAUUUCUUGGGCAAUCUAGAUGUAUUUCAGAGAAAAGUUGUUAAAUGGAAAAAGAUAAAACAUUUAGUUUGUACUUUUAAAAGACUCCCAAUAGACUGAGAUAUUCCGUGUUCAAAAUCAAAUACAUUUUUACUUUUAGUUCGUACUGCAGCUGCCCUUACAAAGACGCACUGUUGCAAGAGUAUGCACUCAGUUGGGACAUACCGUUUCAUCAUAACAUUGCACCUUGAACUUUUACCUUCUUGCUCAUAUAUCAUCUGUGCAGAAGAUCGUGGGUCAGAAUAACCAGAAAAGCUGGCUUGCCUAUGUGCAAAAUGUGACCAGAUUCAGUCAGACAUCCUGGUAUUUUUGGCAUACUGCAUUUGACGUCCUAUGUAUUGGGUCAUGCUAGAUCUUUUUCUGGCAUACUAAAUAGUGUGGUAGUAUGGGUAUUAUGGGGGUACAAACAUCCUCUCAGUUGUACUUUGACUCCUCAGUCGCUUUACUGUUGGCAGAGCUGUUCAACAGUGUGUCGCAACAUUUUGUCCAGUAAACGGAAGCUGAAAAAAAAACUUAAGUGUGCUCCUCCUUUUCUCUUAAUGUCUUGAAAUCCUACAUAUCCGUUAUGUAGUUCUGUUCAUUUUUAAUUUCAGAAUACCGUUGUAAAGGCCAUUUGAUAUAUCUAGAAACAUUAAAAACCCAUUUAAAAAAAA